CCUCUGUUGGAUAAGAGGAAGCGUGCUCCGGCCUUGAAAUCUCCAUUUGUUGAUUUCGGGUCUGCUGAUGUCGGGAGCACUCCAAUGGAGCUUAUGUCCUCAGGUUCUCAGUCAGCUGGGGAUGAUAGGGAUUUCAAAAUGGUGACUUAUGUGAAGGGCCUUUAUGCUCUUAAUGAUGCUUUUGCUGAUCCCGUAUCUACCGAGAUUGAGGCAAAAUUUGACUCUUGGAUUGGUGAAGGAUUGCUUAAACAUCCCAGGCAUUAUAAUUGUUAUGAAGACGGCGCAAAGAAAUUUACCCCGGGUUUUAGGCUAGGUGUUGAUUAUGUUGAGGAUAAAACUUGGUUUUACCAUUUGGCCACAUGCGACAUGUUUAUGAACGACUCGCAUAUGAACACCAUAUUCUAUUACCUUCGGAAAAAAGGUAAGUAUUCUUCCGCUGUGACGUUGAAUUUCGCAACCACUGAUUGUCUUUUUGAUGAUUCCAUCCAAGCAUUGUACCACAAAUUUAACAAGGCCAAGUCAAUGAAGACUAAGAUGUCACACAUUCACGCUGCCCACCCAAUUGCGCAUUACAUCCGAGGUAUGCGCAUUCCCCGUUCCAAGCCUUGGUAUGAAGCCGAUCACGAGCUUUUCAUCAUCAAUUUAAGAAGGGAAAGUCAUUGGGUUUUUGGGCGUCUUGACGUGCACGAAAGGACGUUAUUUACGUACAAUUCUUUGAGAACCGCGAAGAUGAAUGCCGCGGCCUAG